AUGGAUCUCCACGAACUCGAUGAGAUACGGCUAGAGGCCAAUGAUAAUUCGAGAAUCUACAAGGAAAGAACCAAAGCUUUUCAUGAUAAGAAAAUCAAACACAAGGACUUAAAAGCUGGAGACAAAGUCCUUUUGUUCAACUCAAGACUUCGGCUAUUCCCUGGGAAGCUCAAGUCAAGAUGGUCAGGACCAUUCAAAAUUAAGGACAUUCUGCCCUAUGGAGCAGUCACUCUUCUUGAUAGCAAUGCGAAGGAAUUUACUGUGAACGGGCAGAGAGUGAAGAGGUACAUGGCAAAUGAGAGCACAGAGGAGGAACCACCUCUGCGUCUCGACGAUCCCGCGCCAGUCUGA